GUUGAAGUAACCUAGGAAUAGAGUUCGAGGAUAUAUAGGAAAAAAAAAUUGUGAGUGAUACAAUAUGUGUAUAGUUUCCAGUUAAUUAUGUGUAGUUAUCAAUUAAUUAUGUGUAGUUCUCAGUUAAUUCAAACUUCUAAUUCGAAUGCGAAAGAUGUUGAUUGAUUUACAUGUCCAAUUUGUGGUUUGGCAAAAAUUAGGUUAUGCAAAGUAAGUUUAGGUCGAAGAGAUAGGAAAAACAAGCUUUACAUCGCUCGAUCGUCAUUUGCAUAUAUAAUGGAGUCAUUUGACAAGAAGGAUACUUCCUCGAAAAAAACUAACGUUUGGGAAGAUUUGGGUUCACCGCGUUGCAUAAUUGCACCGAUGGUAGAUGCGAGUGAAUUGGCAUGGAGAUUGCUUAGUAGGCGACACGGUGCCCAGCUCUGUUAUACACCGAUGCUACAUUCCACCGUGUUUUGUCGGGAUCCCAAGUAUAGACGAGAAGCUCUCGCUAGCACUAGUGAAGAUCGUCCUUUAAUUGUACAGUUUUGUGGCAAUGAUCCAGAUGUACUAUUGGAAGCUGCACGUUUAGCUGAACCAUACUGUGAUGCAAUAGAUAUCAAUAUUGGUUGUCCACAGGCAAUUGCAAAACGUGGACAUUAUGGAGCUUUUUUACAAGAUGAUUGGAUUUUGUUAAAUAGAAUUGUGUCGACUUUAAAGAAUGGAUUGCAUAUACCUGUCACCUGUAAAUUACGAGUGUUCUCAGAAAUCAAUCGUACUGUGGAAUAUGCUCGUAUGCUACAGGAUGCAGGUGCUAGCUUACUUACUAUUCAUGGACGUACGAGAGAGCAAAAGGGACCAUUAACUGGAUUAGCAUCUUGGGAACAUAUUAAAGCCGUAAGAGAUGCUGUGGAAAUUCCCGUGAUCGCUAAUGGUAACAUACAAUGUAUGCAAGAUUUACAAAGAUGCAUUGAAGAGAUCCAAGUGCAGGGUGUGAUGUCAGCCGAAGGGAAUCUUUAUAAUCCAUAUAUAUUCGAAUCUCGAUAUCCCGCUUGUUGGGAGCCUGCUCUGGAGUAUUUAGAACUUGUAGAACAAUAUCCAGCACCAGCUUCAUAUAUUCGCGGUCACUUAUUUAAGUUAUUCCAUCAUGUAUUUUGUUUAACAGAAAAUCGAGAGGAGAGAGAGAAUUUGGCAACAAACUCGAGCAUGGAAGCUUUCAAAAAUGUUGUAUAUACCUUAAGAGAUCGUUAUUUACCAUAUCAUGAAGGACAUCUGACAUGGCAAACAGAAAAGACAGAUUACAAUUUGAAGUUACCGCCAUGGUUGUGUCAACCUUAUGUACGAGAACCUCCACAAGAACAUAUACAAAAAUCACAGGAAGAUGCAUUUCGAAAGAGGGAAUACAAAGACGAGGAUGGAAAUGAAAUAUCGCGGAAACGUUCAAAAAAGCUUAAACGAAUAGCACGUAGACCGAAUAGGGUAACUUCUGUUUCUAAGAGAAGUUCAGAUCGAUGUCUCACUUGUCCAAAUCCUUUGGGUUUUAAAUGUGAAUAUAAAUUAUGUAGACAAUGUUGUAGAAACAAAUGUUACAUAGAAAAUUUAGACUGUGCUGGCCACAGAAAUCUAACCAAAACAAGGAGACAAAUGGCAAAAGAAUUUGAAGCAAAACGUAAAAGUAUUGGAAAUACAAUAACGCUAUGUUAAGAUAUUUCAAAUAAAACUAUAUAUAUUUUGUUCUCUGUGAAUGUUAUUAUCUUCCUAUAAGAACAAAUUUUCAUAAUUUUAUUUUAUAU